UGCUUAAAAACCGAGAACUACAAUUGUCACUCAUAUCUGCGCAAAAACCCUUCUCAAACAUUAAUAGCAAGAUAGGAAUAUCUUCGACGUUACAAGAGAUGGCGAAAGACGGUCUUGGACUUGAAAUUACCGAGCUCAGGUUAGGGCUUCCAGGAGGUGGCUUUGAUCAAGUGAUGCUGAAAACUGGCAAGAAAAGGGUGUUUUCCGAGAUUGAAGAGGAUCAUCAUCAGAAUGGGAAGAGAUCGAAUGGAGCUAAGUCUGAAAUAAUACCAAAAAAUGAAGUGGUGGGAUGGCCUCCAGUUUGCUCCCACCGGAGGAAGAUUAGCUUUAAUGGCCAGGAAUCAACAAAACUGUACGUCAAAGUUAGCAUGGAUGGCGCCCCUUUUCUCCGCAAAAUUGAUUUGGCUGCUCAGAAAUGCUAUUCUGACCUUCAGCUGAAUCUUGAAAGGCUUUUCGGUUGUUACGGUAUUGGAGAGGCGUUGAACGAUGCGGACAGUUCAGAAUACGUUCCCAUAUAUGAGGACAAGGACGGGGACUGGAUGCUCUUGGGUGAUGUUCCCUGGACGAUGUUCAUUGAAUCAUGUAAAAGGCUGAGGAUCAUGAAGAGGACGGAUGCAAAAGGCAUUGGGAUUCAUCCAAAGAGCACUUUGAAAGGAACCUCACGAGAUGGAUGAUACAUAUAUGCAAUUUCUUCCUCACGCUUAGUACUGAGAAGUACUUGAGACUGAAUUCGGUGUACCCACUAUGACUUAUCUUUCCACAUAAUUACCUGUCUGAAACAGUAGUAUUUUAACUUUGAUUGGAUGGGAUGGAUGAGUUUCCUUCCCUAGAUGUCCCAAAUUUAUGUAAGUUGACAAUUCCUUUGCCUUUUUAUAUGUAGCAUUUGCUCAAAUUGACGAUCGAUUUGUCAUAUUUGGAUUUUGUGUAAUGAACAACAUAUUGUGUUCCUUAAUACAUUUUUGGCUCAUGUAUAUAUAUCAGUUGCUUG